CAGCCUUCCCUCUCCCAGUCUUCUUUGCACCAAUUGCUCACCCAUACCUUCCCCCUCCAAAAAAGGAUGGAUCCUUAUUUUGAGCAGAGGAUGCCGUGAAGCUCCGGAGUGUCAUCUGAUGGCCCCAGAAGCAGAAUCUACUCUUUUAUUAUUCCUUUCCACCCCCCUCUUCUCUUUCUCUCUGCAUGUUUUUUAUUUCUUACUUGGUUUCGUGUUUUGCUUUUCUUCCAAAAAAAUCCCAACAAAUUAUUAUUUUUGGGGGCUGGAUCAAUUCCUCUGCCUGGUGUUGGCGGUGCACCGCUGUGAUGUGGUCGACCUUUCGCUUGGACGGGUUGAGUGGAUCGCAUGAUUUGCCCUAGGAAUCUUUCUCUUCUGCCUACCUGCCGAUCUCUUCUCUCUAUCGAUAUAUGUUGGACUAAUCCGAGGAAGAGGAAGAGGAGGAGGAGAGCGGGGUGGAAAGCAAAAAGACCAAACAGACCCAACAAACCAGCCAGAAGGUUCAGCUUGGAUAAGAAAACAGAGGAGUGCAUUUGUGUAUGCUUGGAAAUUGGGGGGGCCAGGAGCCUGCCCCCCCUUCAGGACUGCAGAUCGGUUUGAAGACCUUGUACCUGACCAUCUCUGACCUCUAUAGGAAAACCUGGCACCCCUUUCUCUCCUUUUUCAUUCUGGGCAAGGGGGUGGGGGGUGGGCUGGGGGGUAGUGACACAGCAGCUGUCCAUUUCCAGUUGAUGUCCAUGAAUACAAACACCAUGAUAUUUAUGAUCUUGGGGGCCUCAAUUGUAAUGGCAAUUGCGUGCUUGAUGGAUAUGAACGCACUUUUGGACCGAUUUCACAAUUAUAUCUUACCGCAUUUGAGAGGUGAAGACCGAGUCUGUCACUGCAACUGUGGAAGGCACCAUGUUCAUUACGUCAUCCCCUACGACGGAGACCAGUCCGUGGUGGAUUCGUCGGAGAACUACUUUGUGACUGACAAUGUCACGAAGCAGGAAAUCGACCUGAUGCUGGGACUCUUGCUGGGAUUCUGCAUAAGCUGGUUUCUGGUGUGGAUGGAUGGCAUGCUUCACUACGCCGUACGAGCCUGGCGGACAAGCCGACGGUAUGACACCCCUUGGUCUUGGAUUCCAAAAUUUUGUAACUUCAAGGAGUUCAGGAAACGUCACCACCGGCAGUACGACGAGCCGACCGGGAACAUGGUGCACAUCAAACAGAAGUUGUACCAUAACGGGCACCCCAGCCCCAGACACCUCUAAGAAACCCAAGACUGUCGAGAGGUUGUAGAAUUCGGCCUUUUUGCCGUCUGUUGAGGGGCCCCGCCCGUUCCUCAAUGGACGCCACUGUAAGGACUUCCGUUUAGUUACCCUUAUCGGUGUGUGUCAGCCUGGCACGCCCAGAGAAUGCACAAUCCAAUCCCGUCCCGGCUGCGAGGCUCCCGGGACGUUGCACUGUGGUUACCAUUUUAUUGGUGGACUCCUGUAUAUAUGUAAACAAAAACAGACACAAAACGGAAAGAGAAUUUGCAUUGUACUUCCGCAGCCCAUCAACCUCCUCGAUGGUGUGUCCUGCAACGCCGAUGUACCCUUUUUUGCGUUUUGUUGGCUAUUUAUUUGUUUUCUGGGGUUUCUUCUUCUUCUAUUUCGGAAAUCUGUUGUUGUUCAAAGUCUUUGUAGGUGAGUUUGGACAGAAGAUGUAAUGUUUAGCCUAAAGUGUGUCCAUAUCCCCCCCC